CAGGAUGGCAUUCCGCUAUAAAUUCAUUGUUCCACCUCCUCUCAUCUUCACAUUUCUCUCCCUUCUCCUCUUGUUCACAUCGACAGACUGGGGAUAACAACAACAACAACAGGAAAGAUACAGGGAGGGGGCUUUUACAGAAAUCCAGGACAUUUUCCCUUCUUGGGCUUUUUUACCUUUUUUUUUUUUUUUCCUCCUUUUUAACCAUCUCACCGGAGACGAUCGAGGCGGUUUUGGGUGCCUGAAUUUCUUCUCUCCCCUUCUCCUCCUUCUCUUCAAAACAAAAGAGGGCAAAAGAAGGAAAGCAGCCCACCGGAGCCCGAGAAAGUGCCGAGUCGCAGCAGACCUGCCCCUGCUGCUGCUGCUGCUGCUGGUGAUGAUCCGGUGACUACAGCAGAGAAGUGGAAGAGGAGUGGGACGUGCUCAAACUUCUCUACUUGCCGGCUCCGAGCCGUCUCUCCUCCUUUUCCUCUCUCCUCACUUUGCCUCCCGGGCAGCAGCAAUUUGGGAUUUUUUUUUCCUCUCUCUCUCUCUCGCUCGCUCUCUCCCUCCCUCCCUCUGUCCUUCCAUGUGCUCCCGGCUCUUCCCUGCAGAGAAACACAAAGUUCACACGCGAGCGUGAGCGGCAUUUGUUGACAUUUUUUUCUCUCCCACUCACACUUGACUUCGGGAGCGAGAACUUUUUGUUAUUAUUUUUAUUUUUGUUGUUGCUGGUGUUCUUUUUUCUUUUUUUUUCUUUUUUUUUUUUUUUUCUUUCCCCCGCAUCUCUCCUUUCCUCCCCAUCCCUUAACUACGCUGCCGCGCUCCGCCGGCCGGCUCCUUCCCCCGCCGUCUCCCGUUGUCACCGUCCCUGUCACCACCACCAUUCCCGCGCCGGCCGCCCCGCUGCCCCGCGCCGGGCCGAGGAUGCUGCCGGCGCUGCUGUGGCUGCUGCUGGCCGUCCGCGCCGCGCCGCCGCCGCCCGCACCUGCCGAGCCCGGCGCGCCGCCCGCCCGGCCCCCCGCCCCCGGGCCGCCCCGCGGGGCCGUGCGGCGCCUCGACCCGACCUACGCGGGGGGCGGCAGGGCGGGCUACGUGCUCUACGCCGGGGGACAGCGCUUCCUGCUCGACCUGGAGCGCGACGGGCCGCGCUGCCGCUACCGCGGCACGGUGGACGGCAGCCCGCGCUCGCUCGCCGUCUUCAACCUCUGCGGCGGCCUCGACGGCUUCUUCGCCGUGGGCCGCUCCCGCUACACCGUGCGCCCGGCGCGCCGCGCCCCGCGCGGAGAGGCCGCGGCGCGGAUCUACGGCGAGGGCCCGGCCCGCGCCCCUCACGUCUUCCGCAGGGAGCGCUUCAGCUUCGAGACGGUGCCGGCCCGCACCAGCUGCGAGACCCGCGACGCCGCCGCGCCGGCGGGCGGGGACGAGCGGCGGCGGCGCCGGCGGCGCUCCGUGUCCCGGGCCCGGCAGGUGGAGCUGCUGCUGGUGGCCGACGCCUCCAUGGUGCGCAAGUACGGCAAGGGGCUGCAGCACUACCUGCUCACGCUGGCCUCCAUCGCCUCCCGGCUCUACGCGCACGCCAGCCUGGAGAACCACGUGCGGCUGGCCGUGGUGAAGGUGGUGGCGCUGGGCGACAAGGAGAAGGGGCUGGAGAUCAACAGGAACGCCGCCACCACGCUCAAGAACUUCUGCAAGUGGCAGCACCAGCACAACCGCCUCGACGAUGACCACGAGGAGCACUACGAUGCCGCCAUCCUCUUCACCCGCGAGGAUUUAUGUGGGCACCAUUCCUGCGACACCCUGGGCAUGGCAGACGUCGGGACCAUCUGCUCCCCCGAGCGCAGCUGCGCGGUGAUCGAGGACGACGGCCUGCACGCGGCCUUUACGGUGGCUCACGAAAUCGGGCACUUGCUUGGGCUUUCCCACGAUGAUUCAAAGUUCUGUGAGGAGAACUUUGGCUCCAUGGAAGACAAGCGCCUGAUGUCCUCCAUCCUGACCAGCAUUGAUGCUUCGAAGCCCUGGUCCAAGUGCACCUCAGCCACCAUCACAGAGUUCUUUGAUGAUGGCCACGGGAACUGCCUGCUGGACCAGCCCAGGAAGGCCAUCGCGGGCCCCGAGGAGCUGCCGGGGCAGACGUACGACGCCAUCCGGCAGUGCAAGCUGGCGUUCGGCGCCGAGUACACGGUGUGCCCCGGCAUGGACGUGUGCUCGCGCCUCUGGUGCGCCGUGGUGCGCCAGGGACAGAUGGUGUGCCUCACCAAGAAGCUGCCCGCCGUCGAGGGCACCCCCUGCGGCAAGGGCAGGAUCUGCCUGCAGGGGAAGUGCGUGGACAAAACCAAGAAGAAAUACUACUCGGCUUCAAGCCACGGCAACUGGGGGUCGUGGGGCCCCUGGGGUCAGUGCUCCCGUACCUGUGGCGGGGGAGUGCAGUUUGCCUACCGCCACUGCAACAACCCAGCCCCCAGGAACAACGGCAGGUACUGCACGGGCAAGCGGGCCAUCUACCGCUCCUGCAACGUGGCUCCCUGCCCCGCCAACGCUAAAUCCUUUCGCCAAGAGCAGUGUGAAGCAAGGAAUGGCUAUCAGUCUGAUGCAAAGGGGGUCAAGACUUUUGUGGAAUGGGUCCCCAAGUAUGCUGGAGUGCUGCCUGGAGACGUCUGCAAGCUGACCUGCCGAGCCAAAGGAACCGGUUAUUAUGUGGUGUUUUCUCAGAAGGUCACCGAUGGCACCGAGUGUCGACCCUACAGCAACUCAGUGUGUGUGCGAGGGAAGUGCAUCCGAACGGGCUGCGACGGCAUCAUCGGCUCCAAGCUCCAGUAUGACAAGUGUGGGGUGUGUGGAGGGGACAACUCCAGCUGCACCAAAGUCAUGGGCACCUUCACCAAAAAGAGCAAGGGCUACACGGACGUGGUGAAGAUCCCGGAAGGGGCGACCCACAUCAAGGUGCGGCAGUUCAAGGGCAAGGACCAGAGCAGGUUCACGGCGUACCUGGCCCUGAAGAAGAAGAGCGGCGAGUACCUGGUCAACGGGAAGUACAUGAUCUCCACCUCGGAGACCAUCAUCGACAUCAACGGCACCGUCAUGAACUACAGCGGCUGGAGCCACAGGGACGACUUCCUGCACGCCAUGGGCCACGCGGCCACCAAGGAGCCCCUCAUCGUGCAGAUCCUGGCCACCGACCCCACGCAGCCCGUGGACGUGCGCUACAGCUUCUUCGUGCCCAAGAGGCCGGGGCAGCUGCCCAACGCCGUCCCCGGCGGCAGGGGCGCCGCGCCGGCCGCGCAGCCCCGCUGGGUGACGGGGCCCUGGCUCUCCUGCUCUCGAACGUGCGACACGGGCUGGCACACCAGGACCGUCCAGUGCAAGGACGGGCACGGGAAGCUGGCCAAGGGAUGCCUGCUCUCCCAGAGACCCUCAGCCUUCAAACAGUGCUUGCUGAAGAAGUGCUAACCUGUGGUGGGGACCUUGCUGCGAAGAGGUUUGAGUGAGCCGCGGUUGGCGCGCUGGUGUCGGGUCUGCCCGGGCAGAGGGAAGCAAAGGCUUCCACGUACUUGCGUUCAGUCUCUAAUUAUGGGCAGAAUCUGCCCGUUUGGACCAAAUGAAGAUGUGCACUGCUUUAAGUAAUAGUAGGGUGGUCUUGAUAUGUCAAAGAAAGUAAGCGUUGAAGUUGUUAUAAGCCCUCUGUGUCUGCAAAAACGUAAAAUAAAGUAAUGCAAAAGAAGAAAAACUAGUGAAUGGAGGAUCCUGGGAUAUUUGAAGGUUACAGAAUCAUCUCCCCUUUUUCACCUACCUCUACUACGGUAUGUCCUUAGGAACCGUCACGUGUCCCCAUGAUCCCACAGUAGCUUAUUUUAUACUGUUUUGUAAAUAUCUUUCAGUUGGUAUAUCACUUUAUAUCACUUCCUUCUAUUAAAGAAAUCAAAAGACAAACUACGUAAGCGAAACAAUUGACCAAAGUAUAUCUGCAGCCCUUGUGGACUCGGUCCAUCCUUCAGAAAGGGCCACAGAUGUUUUACUGGAAAAUGAAGAGCUUGCUGCUGGUUUUAAUAAGUGAUACCUUUUGUUUUUGACAAAAGGAAAUACGUUUUCGUGGUAGGACUUUCCUGACAGUAUAUCAUCAGUGUCUGACAAAUCCUGUGUUUGCACCCCGAAAUUCUCAGGAGGAGCCUUGCAGCACUUGCAGAGCAGGGAGCCCCACAGUGCUGCAAGAGCAGGAGCAGCAGCAGCUCCUCCCGGUGUGUGUGUCAGGCAUGCACCCCGGGAGGAGCUGGCUGUGCCAGCAGAGUCUGUGCACUGUGCCUGUAAACCUCCCUGCUUCCAGCUGGGCCACAGCCUGGGCUGCUUCUUGUCACUGAACAAGAGCUGCUCCUCCCUUGAAACAAAGGCACACUGUACUUUGUAGAAAACUAGUUAGAGAACCAAAAAUUACACGUGAGGUGAUCAAGUGUCUUCUAGCUCAGAUGUUCUGAGGCUGUGUUCAACUGCUUUCUCUGGUAUUUUCUCUGUGGCUUCCACCUUGAAUUUAACAAUGUGUAAUGUACCUACAUCUUUUCAGGAGGCUGUCAAGGUCAAAAAAACACAGCAAGCAGUUAAUAUUUUAUCACUGUUUUGUCCAUCAUGUCUAACUCUGGUAUUCAUCUUACCAGCAAAAUUUUGUAACUAUUUGUCUUUUUUUUAUUAUUGUUUUGUGUGUGUUUUGGGUUUUUUUUAAAGCUCUAGAAGGCAUUCAUGUUCUGUAUAUCUACCACAUUUGGGAGGAAGAGGGGUCACUAGGAAGUCAAACCACAUCAGGAUGUGGAGGACUUGUCCAAUAUCAAUAAGACUGUUUCCACAGCACAGGCAGUAGCUGGUGACAGUUUUCCUUGGCAGCAAUUCCUGAAUCCUGGUAUUGUCUUGUGGAAGUCCUGUGACUGAGGCUGGGCAUUUCACCUUGUACAGGUGGAGGCCUGAGAGCAGCCCUGGUAAAAUCGCUCUCUUUAGUAUCAGCAGGCUUUGAAUUAGAGCCUAAGAUAAGAGGUACCAAAAGCAAUGGUAAAAAACACUGAUGAAAGUAGAACCCCAUCUUUUACUCCUUUGUUCAUCUGUACAGGAGAGCAGGAGACUCCAGGAGGAUUUUCAGACAAACCUCACUGUCAGUAGGUGGUACUUGAGCACUGAAACACCUCGGGCUCUUCUGAAAAUCCCAGCCAUGAAAUCAGCAGGAAAACUUGCUGGAGUGUGGAGCAAGAAGGGCAGGUCUGACUCCAGGGCUGACACAAACAUGUUUUUGCAACUGAGGCAUGUUUGUGUGAACUCUAAAAAAUCAUGUGAUGAUUUCAAAACAGCAUAGAGUUGCUACAUCUACAACUGUGAAAUCUGGAGAAGGAUCUGGUUUUUUACCCUGUUUUAAAUAAACAGUACCAAGGGCAGGGCCUCCUCCUCUGUUAAAUGGAUUGCCAACAAAUGGUAUUAAUCAGCUUUCAAAAAUGGUGUGGCCGCCUGCUCCAGAGUGGACCCUGUGCAAAAGUAUGGAUCUUGAGGAAUACUCCCCAUUUAUUCUUGAUCCCAAUCUAAGAAUUGAGACCAAGGCUCAGAAAAUUUGCAGAGUGCUGGAAAGUAAACAUUUAUUCCUCCUCUGUGUGUUAAAAUAAGAUCUCUUUGAAAUGCCUUACUUUUCCUUCCAAGUAAUCUAUUUUUGAUGCUUAUAUAUGUAUUAUACAUGUCCUAGGACCUCUCCAAAAAGUCCAUAACAAACAGAAACCAUCAUGAGAGGAAAAUUCAGGAGACUGAAUGUGUCUCAGCAUAGACAACAUUUGUCUCAGCAUACAGCUGCUGCAUUAAGUGGUGUUUGUGUUCUGUCAUAAUGGAGACAGAAUGUGCAAGUAUUUGUGUUUGCAUCUUGGUAAUAAUUUAUUGUAUAUUCAGCAGGCUGAGGAAAGCUUUUGGAUGCUAUCUAGGCAUGCCAUGUGCGGGUAUGAAUUCAGAGCUUCCAUAGAUAAGGAGUAUCUUUUAAAAUGAAAGAGUUUACUUAGAAAUAAACACGAGAAGAAAGCACUGCAGUGAUUUUCACCAGCGUAACAAUGAAGUGAAUUAACACAAGCAAAGAUGUGAGGGGGCAAAGGGGACAGAGCAAGGCAGGACCCUAAACGUGUAAGAUAAAGGCCAAGUCAACACUCGUUUUUCAGGUGUUCCUAAGUCAGAUCCAGUUCCAAACCUUGCCUGUGGCAGUCGUGGCAGUGCCAUGUACCUGAUGAAUGAGGGAUUGGUGCAGGGUCUGUUCUCACUGAAUUCUGUCUCUCUCACACUGUGACAUCAUUGUUUACAUUUCUGCCCAGCGUUGCACAGCUGGAUUCAUGAAAUGCGCCAAGGGGAUGGAAAACUGGAAUUCUGCUCUUGGCACAGCCAGGAACAAUCCCAGUGUUAAACUCACUCUGACUUUGGGACACGCUUCCAGUGCCCCCAGGUGAAUUUGGAUCCCUGAGCAGCAGUGGGGUUUAAAGCAUCUGCUUUUCAAGUAGGACAUUCUCAUUAGGGAAAAGCCUGGUUUUCCCUAAUCUCUGGUUUGGCUGUGUACAGGAAAUUAAGUUUAGCUGCCCUCCUGUGGAAACAGUUUUAUCACAAGGGGAAGAGGGAAUAUCUUGUGGAUUAAUAACAACUGUUUAAAAAAAAAAGCAACACAGCACUGAAAAAAAAUAAAAUAAUUUAUUGUUUUUACAACUGGUUUGUGAACGGAUGUAAUGAAUUUAUUUAUUCUUAUUUAACAAAAUACCAAUUGUGCAAAUUCUAUAUUUAAAAUGUUUUGCUGUCGUCUCUGUCUCUUUUUCUGGCUCCUUUAAUUUAUGCUUUGGAUUUGUGUUGAAAGUACACCUUGUGAGUUUACAUAAUAUAUGGCACUGGUCAUUUUUGUAUGAUUUUAUUUAGAAGACUUUCUGCAUGGAACAGGAGGAUAUGUAGAUACACAUGUAUAGAUGUAUAUUCUUUUUCUGCUGCCACCUUUUCCUUAGAGAAGUUGUAGCUUUUUAAUUUGAUGACACCUCGUGCUCCAGGCUCUAUGUUACACUCCAAAAAGCUCUCAACAAGUAAGUCCCAAAGGUCUGCGGACCAAAAAAAGCCCUGGAAUAGCUGCUGAAGAAGGCAGAGAGCAGAUUGGUGUCUCAAAGUGCAGUUCAUGCUGGAGGCCUCUGAGUGACCCCCAAAGCUGAUCCUACCCCUUGCUUAAACUGCUGCAGAAUUCCAGUAACAGGGAGCCCUCUCCAUGGGAGUGAAGCUCCUCUGAGUUGCCAGCACUCUUCUGUCAUGCAGCUUCUUAUGUCCAAGUGACAACACUAAAGAGAAAACUCUUUAUAAAAGAGCUUGAUAAACAUAUGAUUUGCUUUAGGAGAACUGAACCAUGGUUUUUCCAUGUUAUCACUGUUUAUAUACAUACAUAGAUAUGUAUAUAUGGCUAUAAAAAGUCAAAAGCCCAACUUUCGAAGGCUUUGCAAUGUUUUACUGCACUGUAUUUCAGCUCUUUGCAUCACAUAAGGCAAAGUUAGAUGGAAAAAAAAAACAAACAGCAAAGCAUUGAGAGUAAUACCUGUUUGUUUCCACUUGUCUUCUAGUUCAACUAGUGCAGACCUGAAGGGAGCUAGAACUGGGUGCAGCGUGAGGGGAAGAAUGUGAUGCGGACAAACCUCGAGCUUUUCUGCACUCUGUUCAUUCAGAAAUACGAAUGGCUCUGUGAGGGCAGUGCCACACACUGCACAUAAACAGUUCAAGCUGCUGGAAGUCACCUUGCUCCCCAGUGCCCACGUUCAGCUGAGUUCAAUUCCAGUUAAAUUCCUCUCUUGUGCCACCCAGGCGCUGCCCAAGGCCAGAGUCAGCCACCAGGCUUUGGAGGAAUUAGGGAUGGCCACUGCCUGAUGCUUCCCCUCUCCAGGCCCAAUCCAAAACGCCAGGAGCAAGCCUGGGCUUUGAUGAUCUUAAGGGCAGGCUUUGAACAGGUUUCAUCAUUAAUUGUGGGCUUUCAGCAGCGUGUGCAGGUGAGUGCUUCUCCUCAUGCCAUGCUGUUGUCACUGAGGAAGUAGGACCUGUAGCAAGAGGCAAAAUUAGAUUCUCUGGGCAUAGGCUGGAGUUUAAAAGGAAAAAAAUAGUUACAUGGUUUGCAGGAUUUUUUCCUGGUUUUCAUGAAGUGAUUCGAUUUUUAUAGAGCUGCCAGAGUGCCUCAGUGCAUUCACACUUGCCAUGUGCAACAUUUUCAAGGGUUUUUUCCUGUGGAUGCCCUUACGCUAACUUGUGUAGGAAAACUGGUUCAAGUCUGGUUUCAAAUAACAUUGCAAAUGUAGAUAUUUCUGGUUUAUUACACGCACCAGCAAUGUCUCUUAAUGUAGGAGAGAUUGUUGGGCCCUCAGCUGACGCCCCAAAAGGUGCUUUGGGGCUUAGAACGUUUAGCACAAGUUUUCAGUGAUAAAGUUUGAAAAGCCCUGAACGUGUGUAAGAGCUUCUCCCCACACCACACCAAACAUCCCAACACCAUCCCACUGCACUCUGAGAGUCACAGCACAAAGCUCACAGCAUCUUUUGCCCUGGAAGUUGUCUCUGGAGGCUCAGAGUCAGUGUGAGGACAGCAAAAUCCUCUCCACACGCAUCAGCCUGGCGGAGACCGUGUUCAGACACCCGUGGCUAAGUGCAGGUGCAUAUUUUGUGUGUGUGCUUGUGUAUGUGAGUACUUGGGUCUCCAUAGCUCCCACUCACAGGGGAAAAAAAAAAUUACACGGGGUUUAGUAAUAGCUACAUAAAUUUGGAGUUACUUCAUGGCAUCAUUUGGCUUUGCUGGAGGUGCUUCAGACUUACACCACUGUGACAGCAUAGUUUUCUCUUAUUUAUAGCAACUGGUUUACACAAGUUGUCAUGUGAACUGUGAAAUCUGCAAAUUAUCUUAUGAAACAUAGUGACAGGCAUACAGGCAUUGUUAAAAUCCCAUCAGAUACAGGAAAUAAUGUGCUCAGUUAAGUAAGUUGGGGAGAGGGUAUAAUUCUGUAGAGCAAGAAAUUUAACUUAUAUUGCCAGGUCAUCUGCUUAGCAUCAGAUCAGAGAGAAUGAACAAAGGCAAGGCUAAGGGGAAAGCACAAAGUUUGGGUUUGCUUAGUUUACUUCAUGUGCCUCUGUGCACUGGUGGAGUCAGCGUGUUGUGGGAAGUUGCUUUGUCACCUGGCUGAAACACCAGUACCCUUCCAGAAACUAAGACGUGUCACAAAACUUAUUUUUCAUCCUAGUCUGUGUCUAAUCAGAGGGAGUUCAUAUUUUAGAGCACCACUGUGUCAGCCAGUUUACAUCAUGCAAAAUAUAAAUCCAUUUGAACCGAACUGUGCAAGGUCUACACUGUACAAUGACACACAGAAGGCAAAUACUUUGUUUUGUAAACUAUUACAUAUGUAUAAUUUACCAGUUGUAAUAUUAAAACACUUGACUCUGUGAUUUCAGUAAAAGUAAUAAAUACAAGCUGUAUCAUAGGUCCAAAAUAUUUGUUUAUAUGGUAUAUGUGGGGGCCUCUGUUUGCUCUUUGUGCCCCACUGCAGGCAGAUGAGCAUAAAGGUCUUGAGCAUAAAUUUAAGAUAUAAAUAUUCUUUCUAUAUGUGAACACUGUGUUUUAGUUGUGGUGAGGUGGAGGUCUAAAGUGUUCUGGGGAGUUGUGAAACAGCAGGAAGGUGCAGAGGGCGGUGUUUGUUAUGAGAUGCAUAAUUAUCCAUCUAAAGCAAUCUCAGAGCAAUAAAGACCUGCAGGAGGGGUGGUGUUGGUGCACUCUGUGUGCUGAGGUGGUGGCACAGAAAGGUGAGAGGAUUUUUGGGGAGACAGAGCUGCAGAUACUCCAGUUGAAGUGUGGCUCUUCAGAGGCACUUUUACAAAGAUUUACUUUUCUAAUAGAGCCUUAUAAUUCAUUUUUCAUGCUGAUUUUUCGCUUAUCCUUUUGCAUUCCACAACGCUACAUUGGGAGUUUUUCUUGUUCCCAAAAAUGGUGUAUUCCAAAAAAUACUCUUCCCAAAAGUAAAAACAAUCUCAUCCUGUCUAAAUCUUACCCCAUAUGUGUGUCUAAUCUAUUGAUUGCUGGCAUCUUUAUGAAUUUGUGAUUUUGCCUUUUAUUAACUUGGAAGUUUUGCUUUCUUGUGUUUUCCAAAUUGUGAAUGAAAUUGGCUUUUGUUUACAGAAACAGUUUAUAUGUGCCUAGGAACGGCUUUUCUUCCUGGGCUGUGAAACAAUGGCAGUGCAGCUUUACAGAGCUGUCAGUACCUACAGAGGGGCCCAAGCUCUUUACAAGAAAGUAAAGACAGCUUUGCAUAACAAGCUGCAACGUCACUGUGAUCAUGGCAUGUCUUCCCAAAAUUCCAUUUUCAUUUCCCGCUUUAGAGUUUGCAGUAGCUCAGAGAAAGCCAUUACUGGCAAGGGAAAUCCAUUGGUGCACAAAUCAAAUGGAGCAGACAGAGCAUUGCAGACCUUCCCAAAUGUCCAGCGCUGCCAUAAUCCCAUUACUGUGCAGGGACUGUUCUGUAUCAGGAAGAUGAACUCAUUCUCUCUUAAUGCAUUUCCCACCUCAUCAUAUUGUGACAUUUCACCUCUUCAGAAACUAUCUAUAAUUACAGUGAGGAGGGAGAUCUUUAUUCCCAAGGCUCUCAACUUGUAGACCCAAAUCUCAUUUUUAGGUGGGGAUGCAAGAUGGAUUUGAUCCAAUUACAGUAUUCUAGCCAAACCAAUAUUUUCUUUUUUUAAAGGAAAAAAAAAAAGAAAGAAAAAGGGGGAAAAAAACCCCAGAACUCUGGAUAUAUCCGGUAAUCAAACUAAAAACUGUACAAGUCUUUCCACAUUGCUUAUGCUGUUACCUCAUUCUCCAGUACUCUGUGAAGUUUAAAGCAAUAAAUCCAUCAUACUUAGACCACGUGCUGUUCUAAGCUGACCCAAGGACAGGCUUGAAGAGUAAGUGCAUGGGAAAAAUAAUUUAACAAAAGCCAAGGAAAAAAUAUUAUUUUCCACGCUUGGAGGGCCAGGGCGGCAAUCUCUUUGCUUUCUCUUGAUUUUUCUGGGGAAAAAAAACCACAUCUAAGUGCAAACUCACAGACAUUUUCUUUCGCAGCUGCUCAAGAAGGCUUUGUUGUAGCAAUCUCAGGCUGAGCUUGUUAAAACAGCCGUGUUGGCCAUUGCCACCACAGUGACUGCUCCAAGCGUUGCUAAAGAAACACGGUGAGACAAGGAAGUUGGAUGAAAUUGUGGAACAUGUAGGUGUGGGAGAAAGAAGGGUGAAGUGCCCCUGCUGCUUUGGAGCUUUAAGCUGCCGGGUAGCAGGUGCCGUGCCCUCUCCUGAAGGGAUGCAUCCCAUGCCCACGGAACAUUUUGGGUGUGACCAAAGGCCAAAUGCCCUGGUGAGGUUUGCAGAUGUGAGUUCAGCCCUGGUAACCACACACGGGCCGUACAGACGCGUUACUGCACGCAAACUGCAUUUGGGGGGAAGUGAAACGUGCAGCUUGCACCUGCCUGGUGCUGCAGCAGAGAGACCUGUUGGAAACAACCCUGCAGAGCCAUGGAGGUACCAGGGAGGAACAGCACGUGUGGGGGCCCAGAACUGCCCAACUUGGUUUCUUUUGCAACUGACUGAGGCUGCACUCGAUCCCCUCGUCCAGAUCAUCUGAAGAUGUCAAGCAGGACUGCAGAUGUGAAACAGGACUGAAGAGCAGGCACCUACGAGGUACAAUGCUUGUGGCUUUGCCCCUUGUCCUAGCUUACAAUGUAAGAUGUGCCCAAAGUGUGUACUCUAUCCCCAUCUUCACGAGCUGCUGACUCCAGGUGGGGCAGAGUUUCCCUUGCCCCUGCCUCUGGACUAUCUCUGGACUGUGCCUUGCCCGUGGCUCACGGGUAACUCCCUCUGGGAGCUCUCUCUGUUUGAUGGGCAACCAAGGCCCCACUGCAGGACUCAUGGAAUGGUAUCAUUCCACGGUGAGCUGCUCCGCCCAGGGGAGGAGCCAAGCAUUCCCACCUGGAUAUAACCUGGGAUUUGGGACAGCACAGGGCCCACUGGAUUCCCAGAGGACAAGAGCUUCCAGACCUUUCCUCAGGAUCACUGCUUCAACAAGACUGCUUCAUCUGGACUGCUAUCACCACCCUAACUAACAGGUUGUAUUCUGACUCUGCCAGUGCUCUUUUGUGCUAUUGCUUUUAUUUUAUCUUACUUUUUUCCUCCUCCUAUUAAAUUGUAUUCAGGCUUGGAGUGUCUCACUGGUUUUGCUUUCAAACCAGCACACCCCAUGCCCUUUGUAUCAGAUGAGCCCCCCAGCUCUUGCUGCUCCCCAUGGUCUAGGUCCUUAUAGAUGGAAAAUGCAUCUCCCUUUAAGCAGACAAAUGCACCCCUGGGCUCAGACUGCUCCACAGGCUGCAUUAUGGAACAAUGGCUUGCUUUUCUGGGAGUAGAUCUAUGAAGACAAAUACUGCUGUCAUAAUUUAUUCCAGUGGCACGCUGUCUGCCAAGGCUGCACUACACUGCUCCUCUUAUUUAUUUUCUUAAAGCCUCAAUAUAAGAAAUUGUUGCAACUGUUUAAUGGACUUUCAAGAAUGUAACAAAAAAAUAUUUUGACUCUGGGGAAGGGAUUCCUCCCAGGAGUUUUGGAUGUGCCUCUGAACAGUGUUUAUAGGUGCCUUUUGGAUUCAGCAGGGAGGGGACGGGCACUUUGCUCGUGCUGGCAGUGGAUGUCCGUGGUGGUUGGCUGGACUGCACAUUCCAAACGCGUGUUCCUGCCCAGUGACAGAGGGACAGGGGUCCAGCCACAAUGCAGAUGUGUGAGGCUGAGUGAGAUGAAUCUCAUUCCAGAUCUCAAAGGGCUCACAGUGCUUGGGAGCAGUAUCCUGUUUCCAAAGAGUUUUCAAGCAAGAGCCCAGUUCCAAAUGGCCAUAAUUCUUUCCAAAAAUUGACUGGAUGAAGGCAGGUUUGUUCUGCAGCAUUUUUUUUCACUGAGCUACCAUUGUGAGAAUUAGGAAUGUUCCAAUUCAGCCUCUCUCCCUCCCUAUCAUCCCUCCUCUUGACGUCCUCCAGCUCUUACUUCACUGUAAAGUUAUCUUUGAGGCCAAAGCAGGAAACUGUACCUCCUCUCUGCUGUAGAAAAUAUCUGCAGUGCAUUUGAAUCCCCUGAGAAUGUGAAAGUUGCAAUGAUUGUCAGAUGCUUUGCUCUCCUACCCCUGCCCAAAAUAUACUCCUACAGUGUGACCUCAUUUUUAUGCUGUGACUUAUUUUCAGAUUCUUUUUCAUUAAAAUAUGAAAUGGUUUAAAAUAAAAUUAGGAAGGCCUUGGAGAGCUGUACAGGUAUUUGCUUCACUUGGCCUUGAUACACAACUUCAAAAUUGUAGCUACAGAGCUUUCAGAGUCAGUUAUUGAAUUCUAUAUUUGCAGUGGUUAUCAGAACUCAGUACCCCUAUUGCACAUCCAAUAUUGGCAAGCCUUCAGCUUCGAGGAGCUGGAACUGUGAGAUCCAAGAUGUGACCAUGGAAUAACAGAGGCCUUGACUGCUCUGCACUGUGCAGAAUCCCUCUGUGAGGAACCCUUUGCUGUGCUGCCAGCACAAAGGGAACCCAGCUCCUCACCCAUUUGCCAUGUGUGUACUUCCACUACCUCUCCCCUUUUGCCUUCUUUACUCCAUGGUGAAUAAAUUUAAUCGAGCCAGCUGCUGCUUUCAUGUCUGUGCAGUUUUUCUGCAGGUGGCACUCAGUUCUCUUGAAUGUGCUCCAGCUCAUUCCCUAAAGAAAACCCCAGCAUCCAAGCUUCUUAUUUUGAUUAUAACCAAAUAGUUAGGCAGUAAGAAAGGCAGAAGUGAGUGAAUUACUGAACUCACGGAGAGGACAAGCUUUGGAGAAACUGGUGCAAAUUUUUGUGUCUGGUUCCUGGGAAGCUUCUUUUUAUCCUCCUACUUUAGCUGUCGUUUUACAGGCAACCACAUUCAAAAGAGGAGCCUCAUAAAAAGGGGAGUCAAAUAUUUGUGGAAGGUGUUGGAUCUCUCAAGUUCUUUUGCUACCCAAAUGACUUCUGCUCCAAGCAAAGGUGGUGCUCAGUGUUCUUUCAUUUGUAUCGUUUAUUAUUAACAUGUAUUUGAUUUUAAAAAAUGGAACUGAAGUAAUUGUAGACAAUUACUCCCACAGGAAGUGAGGAUUCCUCCUCUAGCACUUUCUGUGAAGACUCUCAUCUUUCAGGUUUUGUGUAAAUUAGAGGCCACUUCUGAGUUUUUAGAGGUUAUAAAUAUGAAAGGGUUGGGUAUUUUUCCUCCUUCAACUAUUACAUCAUAAAAUCAAAAGCGACUAGCAAAAACAUGUCUUGUUCUUCCUGUUGCAGAAAAUAAGCUAAUUUAAAAAUCAAAAUAAUUUAGAAAGGUAGAGACAAUCAGCCCCUUGCUAACAUUUGUCACUCCAUAUAGCUCCACAGGCUUUGGUGGGAUGGCUCCACAUUGCAGCCACAUAAAUAAAAAAUACCUUGGGCCCAAUAACCACAGAUUUAUAAAGGUCGAUGUACAGCUUCUAAAGAAACAAAUAUUUUAAGUGCAGUGCCUAGCUCCUGGGUAAUUUUAACCCAUUUUCACAGCUCACCAAGUGUCACAUUGUCAUGUUUACAAAAACAUGAAUGCUUUCAUGUGGGUCUAGGAAAGUCAUGUUUGCAGUGCAAAGUUUACCUGCUAAUAUAAAAGUCUCCCCAGUUUUCCUGUUGGUCUAACAUAGAAUUAUCUAAAAUGAUUCCUGCUUUUGCACACAAAAUUACAGAAUUAAGCUAGUGAGCUAUUUCUGAGUAUUCUUAGCAAAUUUGGUGUGUGUGGGUGCCUGUGAGCAGGACCAAAGGUUGUUUAGUGCCAUCUUUUGGGUGGUCCUAAUACUACAGAACAGCUUAAUCGAAGCAAUUACAGAUUUGCCACCCUUUCUGUGCCCAGGAAGCCACGUGUUACUUGUUUCCAGAGAGUUUGGGGAUGACAAAAACUCAGUGGGAGCAGGAAUUGCUGGGAGUCUUUCCAUGCUGCAUAAAGAACCACCCCCUCCUGCCCUUUCUUAGCACACAAAUCCCCAAAUCCCCAGCAGCAAAAUAUUUUCCUGUUUGGAAACAGUGGGUUUUUUCCAGCUUUGGCUGAUGUUCAUGCUGUUUUAUAAGAUGAUUAUCUAUAUAUCCAGUCACACCCUAUAGAACCAAAUUUCCUUCUCCUGCCUCUCAAUGUAAGAUCAACAAUAAGCUAACUAAUUUCAUUUUUUAUCUUCUGUUUUCAUUCAAUAUUCCUUGCUAGCCCUAGCAAGGGCUAGGAAGUAAAGUAGAUCUAAAAGUGCAUCUGUGUCAAAACCAGACAAAACCCAAGCAUUCAAAACUCCAACUUAACACCAGCUCUGACAAUGCAGAAUUAAAACUGCAUAUAAAAUAUUGCUCUCAGGGUACCUGGUACAUGAUAAUUACAAAAUCUAGUCACAAACUAAUGGCUUUAACAGGCUUUUAAAUAGGAUUAGAUUACUGUGUCCCUUUGAGAAGGUCGGUGGUCAACUAAUACACUUUAGGCAAGAAGAAAUCGAGUGCACUGAAGCAGGUAAUGCUUUCUUUUUGCCCUAGUGGGAUGAGAGGGCUUUCUACCCCAACUCCUGGGCAAAUGAGACACUUCCCCCAGCAAAGCCUAAUUUCACCUGUAGGGAGAGCCCAGGGCUUGGAGGGAGCUGGGCUUUGGUGGCCCUCAGGAGCACAAAGAGCAGGCCAGGGUUUGUCCCGUGUUCCCUGACCCAGAGGCAGCACAAGCAGAGCCAAAGGAAUUACUCAUGUGCGGAGCAGCAUUUAUUUACAGCACUUGGCCCUGGAGCCUAGAACACCAGCUGAUCCUUUUUGUGCUGUCUGUGAGGGUUGAGACGUACAGAGCAAAAUUUUGGACAAGGCAGCCUCUCCAGCAAAAUGCUGAUGUCUGUAAUUAAACUUAUCUCUGUGUGGUAAUGUUCCCCAGGCACUGCUUCCUGCUCCAAGCGCUUGUUGGAGGCUUUCUGGAAGUGUCAGAAGGUUUGCAUUCCCCUGCUCUUGGAUAAUCAAAACUGCUGGCAAAUUCAUUUGGAUGUUGAAACAAGCCCAGGCAGGGAGUUUGUGCAUGGAUGGUUUGCAGCAUUUUAGGGACAUGGGUCUGGGAGCUGCUUCCUUCACUGGUGCAUCCUUUCCUCUGCUGGGGUAGGAGAUGGGUACACGUAAUUCGGUCCUGAAAUUCAUCAAAUUCGGUUUUACAGCUCUCUGUCUCCAUCCCUCCUGCUGGAAAACACAUCUACACGUGCCCUCCCUGAAGCAAAAAUCACGAGUUAGUGUUGUCACUUCUUGCAGUUUCUGAGCGCCUGAUGUCAUAGCUGGAGUGUUUAUAGCUUUUCAAUUUGUUUCCGACACCAUGUUUGAGUUUGGAUCCUUUUGAGGAGGUAAAAAGAGAAUAUUUUUCUUGGAGAGCUUUGAAAUCCAAAUUGCAAAGCUGGCAGGGCUCUCUCAGUUAAAUUUGGGUUCACUUUUCUGCCUUAUUAGCAAUUUCUUUGCACAACCUAUUUUAGCUGGUGUAUUUACCAUAUAAAGCACAGCCAGCUCAGCUGGCAUCACUAGAAUUAUAUAAAUGUAUGCUUUUAUAAAGUGGAAAUUUUUUACCUGUUUGCUAAAAUACCUGAUGAUGCUUUGGUUUUUAAAAGUGUGCUCUAUGUGACAGCUGUGCGUAUUUGCACUGGAGCUGGGAUUUUUAUACCACACUCAGUUCAUAAAUGGGGUUGACCAACAGCUUCUGAGAUUUUUAAAUAAUCAAGAAAGGAAAAGUGGGUGAGGGAAGCUUGGAAGUUGUGCUGAUCUACUCUGGGACCUUGGAGGUGUCAGGGAAGGGGCUUCCCCAGAUGGCUUUGAUGGCACAUAACAUACAAGCAGAAUGGUUGUUGGAAUAACUGGAAUGUUGGCCUCAGAAGCCUCCUCCAGUCCAUAUCCCUCGUUAAAUCCUCCACUUCAUGGGGGCCAGCCCUGCUCCUGCCAGUGCACCCCUGGGGAUCUGCCCACCAGCAGCCACACGAGCUCAACCAGCACCUCCCCUGAGCCCAGAGCAGCCCGGACCAGCCACCAAGAGCACUCUGUGUCCUCUUCCCCCACUUGCAUUUCCCAAGGGACAUCCAGCUGUCCCUCAGCCCAGAAUUUGGGGUUGCCUCAGCCAUGUUCCCCAUGGACCCAAACGGGGCACAAGAGCCAGGCCUCUUUCCCAGCAGGAGAGGGCAAUGCCAGCAGGGAAGGGGAUGUGAUGUCCACCUUCCAGUUGUGUCCAUCUUAUGGUUAUUAGGGAUGGCUGAGCUUGUGCAGGCAAUUAAAUUAAUUAUUCAGAGAAAAAAAUAUCCCCUGUGAAACAAUGAUGCAUCUUUCUGCCUGCAAUAUUUUAACAGCAUAUCUAAAUACAUUUGGAAUUAGAAUUUAUAAACCAAAGGUGGAAAACAACUUUGAGAGAAUGAGUCAAAAUACUGAGAUUAACUGUUACAUGGAAUAAUACUGGGAAAAGCUUUCCCUGUGCCUGUUUUACCCCUUCCCUCUCUUCUUAAGUCCAUGGCAGCAAGGGCUUUGCAUAAGGGUUUGCAUAUCAAAGCAGGAGCAGAAACUGAGUGAGGCUGACUGGAAGUUACAUGUUUUGUCAACCCACUUUUUGAUGGUUGGUCUUAGGCAGCAAAAAUGUUUCUUUCAGGAGACCUAGGAGCAACAAGAGUGAAAAUGCAAAUCUGGUUUGCCUGGGUUUACUACUGACUGUUUAUUUCCUGCUGUGUCUGUGGGACAAACUGACACGGGGGAUGGAUGGGUGUUUUGUUUGAAAAACUUCAUUCCUUGUAGAAGACACUGCACAUGCUUCCCCUUGAUAGCAUUUGUAAACAGAGUGUUUCAGCCAAGUUUUUAUGGAGCUUUCGAUCCUGUGAGGGGUUAGCAUGAUGCUGGGAGUUAAGCCUGACUAUAAAUAUUCCCAGGACUGGGGCCUACGUGUCUGCUGAGUCCCCUUUGUUCCCAUUCUGUGCCCCAGCUCUGUGUCCCGUUGCUGCAGAGGGGGCUGCUAUUGUUCAAAUUUUUGUAACUUUUUCUAAGGUGUAUCAGCAUUAUAUGGGCUCUGGUGAGAAAGAACGACCAGCACAUCCAGGACAGCACGGAAACCUUACUGGACAGUGCCUUUGGAAUGAGUGUGGCAUCACCCACAGGAAUCUCAAAGAGCAAAAUGCGAUGAUCUGACCCCAAAACGAUGAUGUGGUGGCGCUAUCUGGUGGCUUACUUGGCAUUACACUUCUUGUGCUCCUGAUUUGGUUUCUUCCUCCAAGCAACAGGAUUUCUUUAAAAAGACCAACUUUAUGCCUUUUCUGGGUCUUUAUCCAGGUGAAACCCUGAGAAAGGUCAGUGUGUUUCUUUUUAAGUCUUGAUUCACACAAACUGUGAUUGGAGCUGGCACAGAUUUGGUACAAUACAGCUGAAAAAUGCAUAUACAGAGGUUUCAGUGCCCUGAACAAUCCAGCUAAACUCACGAGGGUUGUUCAGAGGAAACAAUUCAAGCCCUUGCAGGAGGAUCCAGGUGCUGAUCCAGGUGUGGCAGGCAGCAAGCCUGUUGUAAAAAUUCCUUCCCAACAUGAUUUGUGUUCAGGUAGUGCAACAGAACAGUUGAGUUCUUUGCUGAAACGCUUCCCUGGAUAUUACAUGAAGGCCAGGAAAACUUGUCCUAAGCAGGGAACUGUAAAGCUCCCUGCUAAAAUGUAAGCCUUUCCACCAGGAAAGCUGGGAGAGGAACCACGAAACUCUCCCAUAACCAUUUUUUAUAGGCGAGUGCCACCUGGUGGGAUACAGGAAAGAGUUUUCAGCCUGAAGAAGCUGUUUUAAGGUGGUCAGGAUCUUUUCAAAUCAGAGAAUUAACAUCAAAAAACAGCAGCAGAACCAAAGGUGCAUCUGGCAGCCAGGUGGACACAUCUUUGGCGUGGUCCCUGCUGAUCUGUGAGUGACACUGAUUACGGUGAUAGAUAAGGAGAUUUUCAUGUUUUUAGUUCAUAUAUUUGUGCUAUCUCUAUCUUGAACCAAUGCAAGUUCAAAAGUAAAUUAUGCGGAUCCUUUCAAUUCCACGUUUCUUAUUGCCAGGCUUUUAGACAAUUCCCUUAAUUAGGUGUCACAUGCAACACCAAAUUAAUUGGUGUUCAUUCAUUAAACCAUGAAUGAAUGGUACCUUUGCUGUGUUCUGUCCCAGAUAAAACACAGCAGAGCUGGGCACACACAGAUCUCAAAAGUAAGGGUAGAGACUGACACAUGUUUCCAACUCAAGUGAAAAAUUAAUCAUAACUGAAUGGAUUUUUUUUGCUGCUGAUGUAUUAAUGGGCAGCAGUUGCAGCCUCUGGAAGUCAAUCCAGCAUUUCCUGCUGUGUCCCUAAGAAAAUUCCCCAUUUGGGGCCUACUUCUGAUUUUGCUCAUCACCCUGUGGGACAAGAGCACUUUUGUUGAGCAAGUAGCUGGGAAACUGGGUUCAUCUUUUCCUAUUCUUUUUUUUUUUUUUUUUUUUUUUUUUUUUUUUUUUUUUU